UCUGUCUAUCUCCUUAUCUGUCUCGCCUCUCUUUCGCUCUGUUUCUCUCUCUGUCUGCCCAUCUGUCGCUCUGUCUCUGUCUCUGUGUGUGUGUCUCUCUCUCUCUGUCUUUCUUUCUGUUUCUUUAUCUCACUGUCGCUCUCUCUCUCACUGUGUGUGUCUCUCUCCCUCUCUGUCUCUCUCUCUCUCUCUCUCUCUCUCUCUCUCUCCCUCCAUGUCCAGAGCUGUUGUUGUUGUUUCUUCUCCCCCAGGGGGGGCCUUGAAGGCCGUCCUUGGAGUUCAUUAUUAAAACAUUGGAAAAGCCACUUGUACUUUUCCCACAGUCGUUCCACGUUGCUUCAGAGCAACACAGUGAGAGAACUGCUGUACGUACCGUCUUUGAAUAUGUAUUAAUAACAACAACUUUGCUGGUGUCAGCAAGCUAAAGGAUUUAGAAAACCUUAUGUUGUCAAUAUUAUUAUUUAAUCAUUCUUUACUUAAAUUUAUUUUUAUUUUUAUUAUGUAUAUUUUUGACCUUGCGGUAGGCCUCCAUUCAAUCACUCAACACUAAACUGAACUUUUUUAGUGAUUGUGACAAUGGAUAAUAUGGAUCACUCCCUUGGGACAUCCUGCUAAGAACCCAUGCUCUCUCAAACCAAUGGAUCCAUAUACUCACUCACUCAAUGACGCACGCACUCAGUCACUCGCUCACACUCAUACACACAGACACACACUCCCAUGAAAUGAAUCAUAUCAAAGUAGGCCGUUUCCAUCAUGUCUUCAACAAACCUAAAACAUUGAAAUCAAACCGUAAACAUACAGCUGGCUCCUUUGGCGAAUCUGCUGCCCUCUACAGGUUGAAAUGUGUCAAUGGUUCACAAAAAGGUCAUUGUUUUGGGACCUUAACCGCAGGGAUUCAAAAUGACUGUUUGCAUCACAAUGUUUCAAAUCAAACCAAUUAAUUCUGACUUGUAGGGGAGGAAGACCCACCUAAUAGUGACGCACUCCGAACGAGCUCCCAUCUCAGCUUACCAAGUCCACACAGGCAGAUAAUGACGACAGCGAUCACCUGGCACCCAUCGCGCUCAUGUUCUCGCUGUCAGUGAUCGAGACGUUCCAGACCCCUUCGGGGAAUCACACGCCGACCAGACGGGUGUCACGCCGUGAGCCAGCGUCUGCAUGCGAUCAUCACUUACUCACCACCGUCGCCUUGACAACCGUGGCUUGAUGAAGCACCUCCCAAAGAAACCCCUGAACCUCGGAAUGUGUUUCUACCGGGAAUUCGACAUGCGUGAUGAUCGGCCUCUGCCCUUCCAUCAGAGAUGCUCCUUCCGUCACCAUUUUCAAAUCCAGGCUCAAAACACACCCCUUCUCCCGGGCCUCUCGUCCCCUUUUAUGACAUGUGGGUUUUCCCAGUUCUCCCAGUUGUUCCCGGGCCUGUGCGAGGGCAAGGCCACGCUGGCCCCCUGCUGCGCCUCGUCCUCCCAGCCCUGCCCGCCCGUCACCAGCCCGGGGCCCACCCGCAUCCUGCCGCACCUCUACCUGGGCUGCCAGAGGGACGUGCUCAACAAGGACCUGAUGCAGCAGAACGACAUCGUGUUCGUGCUGAACGCCAGCAACACGUGUCCCAAGCCCGACUUCAUCUCCGACACACACUUCCUGCGCGUGCCCGUCAACGACAGCUUCUGUGAGAAGAUCCUGCCCUGGCUGGACAAGUCGGUGGAGUUCAUAGAGCGGGCCAAGGCGUCCAACGGCCGGGUGCUGGUGCACUGCCUGGCGGGCAUCUCCCGCUCGGCCACCAUCGCCAUCGCCUACAUCAUGAAGCGCAUGGACAUGAGCCUGGACGAGGCCUACAGGUUCGUCAAAGAGAAGAGGCCCACCAUCUCCCCGAACUUCAACUUCCUGGGCCAGCUUCUGGACUUCGAGAAGAAGAUCAAAAGCCCCGUCGCCACGGACGCCAGGUGGUCCAACUCCGUCCAAUCAGAGGCGGCGGCGGAGGCGGAGCCGGCGGGGGCGCCCCGCGAGGCCGAGGGCGUCGGCGUGGGCGGGGCCUGCCCGGAGACGGAUGCGGCGGCAGCGGCGGCGGGGGCGUGGCUAGAGCCCCUCACCCUGCCCUGCGUGCUGGCGGUGGGCCCCGAGGACCGCCUGCUGGCCCGGGCCCUCGGCGGCCUGCAGCUGGCCGCCGAGGGCCCCGAGGACAGCGCCCGGCUCAAGCGCUCCUUCUCCCUGGACAUCAAGUCGUACGGCGAGCUGGGCGGAGCCAGCGGCGUUGGCGUGGGCGUCGGAGGAGCAGGCGGCGUUAGUGGGGGCGGUGGCGGCGGCGGAGGAGGUGGAGGAGGUGGAGGUGGAGGUGGAGGUGCGCCUCACCGCGUCUUCGCCCCGCAGGGCGACGCCCCCGAGUACUUCAAGCCGUCGGCCUUCAAGGAGCCGGCCAGCAAGCCCUGCCAGUUCUCCCCCGUGGAGGAGGUGUCGGAGCAGUCCACGCCGGAGCACAGCCCGGACAAGGAGCGGGCGGACGGGCCCCGGGACCCCCCCGGCCCUCCCCAGCAUUCCACCAACAACACCACCACCUCGUCCUCCACCUCCACCUCCGCCUCCGCCGCCAAGGAGCCCGGCCCCAAGCCGGCCCGGCUGCACCGCAGCGCCAGCCGGGAGGAGGCGACCGGCGCCCAGGCGGCCAGCUUCCUGCUGGGCCUGUCCCGCAGCCAGCAGCACCUGGCCCGCCCCGGCGCCGGGGGCUGCGCCCUGAAGGGCUGGCACUCGGACAUCCUGCUGGGGCCCGUCGCCGUGUCCACGUCCUCGCUGGCCGCCGGCUGGUACCUCUCCGCCGACGCCACGCGCUUCUACUCCACCUCCGCCGUCCUGGGCGGCGCCGGCGCCGGCGGGAACGUCGGCAACGUCGGGAACGUCGGGAACGGGGGCUUCGCGGCCUACAGCUGCUCUCAGGGUCUGGAGGCGGUGCGGCGGCGGGGGCGGCAGAAGAGCGGCGACCACGGGGACUCGCGGCGGAGCUGGCACGAGGAGAGCUCCUUCGAGAAGCAGCUGAAGAGACGCUCCUGCCAGAUGGAGUUUGGCGGCGGGAUGCUGGAGAGCCGGUCCCGGGAGGAGAUGGGGAAGGUGGGCAGCCAGGCCAGCUUCUCCGGCAGCAUGGAGAUCAUCGAGGUUUCCUGAGGGGGAUUGUAGUCCUAUGAACCUGGGGAUUGUAGUUCUUUUUCUUUUUGUAUAGACUUGAAUGGAUUUUUUUUUUCUUUUUUGGAAUGGAUUUGGUUUUUUUGCGUUCCCGCCUAGUUGGGAUAACAUGGAAGACAAUUAAUAUAACCCAGGUUAGACCUUGAACUUUAGUGGCACUUUAAUACAGGAAGUGCGUUUCUUCAGUGGGCCUUAAAUGUAGUGAAGCGUGACUCUCGCCUUGGAAACGGCGUCGUGUUUUUUCCGAGUGGGAAGGAGAGGAACGCGUUAGGUUGUACAAAAAGAGAAACUGUUGUAUUACUGACGACUGAGCCUUUGAAUGUUUUGUCUGCGUUUCUGAUCAUCUUUUAAUUCUCAAUCGCCCGUUACAAUUGCCUGACAUAAGACAUUUUCUCAUCAAUACAAGAAACGUAAACCGAAGUCUGGUGAUGUUGAACUGGAAAGAAAAGGAGGUUUAUCAAAUAUAUUUUUUGCUUCUCUGCAAGGUGUCAACAAUCCAGAACCUCACGAAUCCAAAAUAAGUUUUGAAUAUUAUUUUUUUCAUUGAAAACUCUCAACUGAGCUCAUAGUUAAAACUCAGGUCCUAAUUUGAGCUGCAGGAUGAUACUUCUGAACUCCUGCGACCGACGAGGUGAAAUUAAUACAAAGGAUUUCUAAUGAACUGGAAAGAAAUGAAGGUUUUGGGAAACCAAAAGUGCUUGUUGCUUGAAAGAUUUUUUUUUAAAUACUUAAUUUCCACCAGUAUGUAUUUGAAAAGUAAACGUAGCUGGGAUGUCAGCUGUCUGGUAAAGAAAGGUUAACUUCAGUGAUGCGUUCAAGUCCUGUCUGAAAAGGCAUUCACUAGACCGGGUUGCAGUUGGCAGAAAGGGGUCAGGGCGUUGGAGGACUUCAGAAAGAAGUUCUCUAAACAGGCAGAAACGGAGGGUAAGUGAGUAAGUUAGUAAGAGCUUUUCAUAUCAAAGAGGCUGGGACUCUUGUUCAAAGAUCUAACAGCCUUGACAGAGAGUUUACCGAGUGUUUAAAACCGCUUUUUAAAAGACAGAUUUCAAAAUAACCUUGAGGUCCUUGGCUCCGGUUUGGUAGUCCUGGCAUUUACUUGUGGUUAUCGUUGCACUUUUGCAGUUUAAUUCAAGUCGAGUGAAACAUAACAGCUUGUGCACAUGAUUGAGCUGUUUGUUGGGGCAAGAAACGCAUGGAUGGAUGGGAGUGUUGGGUUAAAAACAUUGAAGAUUCCAGAAGUGCAUUUACAGUUCAAUCAUUUAAACGCAAAUUCCCCGAUUGAGGGGGGGAGCUUAUACACUAAUUAUAGUAAAUGAGGAGGUAGUUGCUGGCGUGCUCGUGGUAUCUUUGUGUAGCACGUCAAAAACCUCACACAUUGUAUACUGUACUUUGUUUCAAUGGAGCCCCUUUUCCCUAUAGCCUAGGAACCAGACGAUUCUGCGAGCCCAUGUUGUGUUUGGUCUGUCGUAUGCGUCUUGUUGCCCCCUCUCACGUUCAGACAGAUUUCCAGCAUGCCUGGACCGGGUCGGGCCAAUCACCACCGUUGAUCUAAUAUGGGGCGGGUUUGAUACGUUGACUGAUCAGAGGACCGCCCUAUGGGAGCGCGGUUCUCAUUAAGAACCAAGAUGGCUGCCACUGAUGUGUCACACGUCUCCCGCUCUGAUUGGUUGUAGGUCUAGCCAAUUGCAUCCGAAGGCCUUUUGUUCUACGCCUUUAAAAAACAUCGAAAGUGAAAUGAAACGAAAGUGUUCGAGACUAAUGCGCGUUUGUGCCUUGGUCUGGCCAUGUCAGGCUGCGUUCUUCCCCUACAGAGAAGAAAACAUCUGUUUAAAUAGCAGGGAGACGUGUAUACAUGAUGCAUCGUCCAUACGUGCUAUGGGCCGGUGUCCAGAGAUGUUAUCCUUGGUAUACAGGAAGUGAUGUCAUGCAACAAGCUGGGAAAGUGAUCCAUCCAUCAGACAGAGUGACUGUGUUAACUGAUGCACUCAGCGAUGAGCUGAUUAUAUCCCUUAUUUUCAUUGGCCUGUUUUGUUUCUCUUACUUCACUCUGGCUUUAACUCUCCGACCGUUUCCAAAUGAAAACAACCGGGUUGUCGUUGACGUUGCCUGACAAGACUUUUACUGCCUAAAUUUGAGGACCCCCCCCCCCCUAUUGUUCACUUGGUAGCGUCCAUGGUUAUAAACAUGAUUUGGGUUUUUAAAUUGACUACCUCUGGGAAAUGCUGAUGACUAAUUGGAUGUUGAGUUUAAAGUCGGUUAACUCCGAAACAAAUCAGAGUGGACAAUGUCGUCCUCAUAACAUUGUUCUCAAUGUGCACAUUUUAAAUAUAUAUAAAUAUCAUAGAAUUGUGGACAUGCACUUUAAAAAUAAAUAAUAAUUCUGGGGGCGAGGACCCCCCUCUCGUGUGGACCCCCCCCCACAAAACCUUUACCAUGGCGACGCUCUUAUGAAUGGAUAUAAGGAGCGGCCAAAGCAUCAUCAUCACGAAUAAAUAUUCAAGUCAUUGUUUUCCUCCUGUUCAGAGGAAAUAUCAAAUCACACACAUCUAAAGGGACUUUAGUCACCUAGCCGCCAUCUUGGUUAUUAGCAAAUUUAGAACCAAAAUGGCCGUUAUGUGAACGAGGCACCUGGUGCUCUGUUGACCCCCCCCCCCCCCAUGUUGAGUUCAAGUUCAAGUUGAAGUCUUCUUCAAAACAACACUUGUCUCAGUGCCAGCUUUAAUCCAUUUCAUGUUAAAGGUCUGAGUCUAAUGAGCUCGAUGCAUGCCUAAACCCUAGCGUGUUUGAAGUUUUGAGGAUUGACGCUUUAUAAAUGAACUUGGGGACACAUAUUGUUGGAGUGGGAAAAGAUGUUGUGAAAAGUGUGGACGCACCCAAUAUUAAAGGCCGGAUAUUUCUUUGAUGUCAUUAAGAGUGAUCGGUAUUGCUUAUGAACACAGUCACACGGGAAGGAAAGUUUCAUGUUUUUAAAGGAAUACCACAAAAGACUAUAAAAGACAUGCUAUUCCCCCUGAUAUCUAGGAAUGCCUUAAAAGGAACCCCAUCCAAACAGCUUGUGUUAAACAGUGUUCUCUAAUAUCACCAUCCGAGUACUUCAUCUUUGUCUAGAGAAGUUGAGCAUGAACGCGUUUAUUACGCGUUUAUUGUGCAUUUGAAGGUUACUCCAAAGCUGUGAACCUGUGUGUGUGUGUGUGUGGGAUCAUGUGAGGUUAACAGACAGGUGUGUGUGUGUGUGUGUGUGUGUGUGUCUGUGUGUUUGCUGGGGUUAUGGAUUUCUGCCAUAAUGUUGAUUACUACGCGCCAUCCAUUUGGUUCGUACCUAAAGCAAUUAUCCCAAACGCCACUAUAAUCCAAUAGAUUUAAAAAAUACAUAAAGCAAAGCCAUUGAUUCACUAGUUGGUCGCUUUACUUGACCGAUAGAGAGAGGCCCGCCCGACAUAGGGAGACGGAUAGACAUAUUCAGGAUUCACACACUUUAGAUUAUUGAUGGUACCUGUAUGAAUCUAUGUGGGAGUAGGCCUGAGAGUGUGAGAUUAUGUGUAACUUUUUCUUUGUUGUAAAUGUGCACAGUUUUAUGAAGUAAAAAAAAAGCAGUAGAUGUAUGAUUACUAUUGAAAUAAAAUUUGAAAUGAUAA